CUGGAUAAUAACGAUUUUCAAUUCAAUUUUCUCCCGCGCUGCUCCUCCUGUCAUCUUCCCAACCAACCAAACCCGAAAAAAAGUUUUGUCAGUUUGUCGACUGCUACAAUUUUGCACGUCUGCCGCUGCUGCAGUCUGCGCACCGAAAGAAAGAUCACAUUCAUCAUAAUGAGUAGGUAUUUACUCUUUUUAUCUGCAAAAACACGCAAUUAUCAAUUAUUAUUUAAGUUAGAAAGAGAAAAGUGCAUCUCUUUCAUUUAACGUGGUAAUGUGUACCUCAUCUUUAAACCCUCGAUAAAAUACGAAUAAUAACAAUGUCGCGAACUCGGUGAUACUGUCGGUUGUGAUUAUUUUCACACCUUGCAAUAUCAACAAAACCGUAAUUGUUAUACCCUUUAUCACACAUAUUCCCUUUCAUCCCAUAUUUUAUACACAAAAAUCUCUCAAGUAUGGAAGUGCUGGUAAAGAAUCUCAAGAUUAAAUACGUUCUCACGUGCAUUGCCGUCACUUUCGUCGUUUCUCUUUUUAUCAGCCUGGCUCCUAUAAACGUGGAGCAAUGCAAGUGCGGUAAAACUGAAGAGACUGAUAUAGAUGAACGUCAUGUCCAUAAAAGUGCAUCCAAGCAUACCAAACACCGGCUAGCCAUAUUAGUGCCAUUCAGGGAUCGUUUCGAAGAAUUAUUGAUAUUUGCGCCUCACAUAAAGUCAUUUCUUGAUAAGCAAGAUAUUAAUUACCAUGUAUUUAUUUUAAAUCAGAUAGAUAAGUAUAGAUUUAAUCGUGCUUCUUUGAUAAAUGUUGGAUUCUUGGAAGUAAAAGGAGAAUUUGAUUACAUUGCCAUGCACGAUGUAGACCUUUUACCCAUGAAUGAUCAGCUGAAAUAUUACUACCCAGAGACUGGACCUUUGCACAUUUCAUCUCCAGAACUACAUCCAAGAUACCACUAUCCAACUUUUAUUGGUGGUAUUUUGCUUGUGAACAGGAAACACUUUUUGAAAGUAAAUGGAAUGUCUAACAAAUAUUGGGGCUGGGGUCUGGAGGAUGAUGAAUUCUACGUAAGACUGAAAGAAGCUGGACUCAACGUUACUAGACCACCAAAUCUUCUAACUGGAAUACAAAGUACUUUUAAGCAUAUUCAUGACAGAAAUCAUAGAAAGAGGGAUAUGGCAAAAUGCUUCAAUCAAAGGGAAGUCACGAGAAAACGUGAUAGGCAAACUGGUCUGAACAAUGUAGCUUACAAAAUAGAAAAUACCAUCAAUGCUAAAAUAGAAAAUACUUCUAUUACAAUUUUAAAUGUUAUGUUAACGUGUGAUAAAUCGAUUACACCUUGGUGCUUGUGUGAUAUGCUCAAUAUUGUCAGUGAUAAAAAAAUUAAAAAUCAAAGUAAUCUAAAAACAAAUGUUUAUAGGUAGUACGAGUUAUUUAAGAAGAACAUAAUAUUUUAUUUUUAAGAUACUAUUGAUGUUUGUAGUUAGAUAUGAUUUUUACAUGUAUUUCAUAAAAAAAUACUUGAGUCAUCUUAUUGUAAAACGACAAUUUCACAUCACUAGUGAUAGUUUUUUAAUUUCAUCGUGGUGUAAGAAAAAAAAAAAAAAUUGUCUUGUACAUUACCUAAUAUUUAAG